AUGUCGACACCGAGAGUUUUUGUCAUCAGACACGGCGAGACGGAAUGGAGUCUGAAUGGGAGACAUACGGGCACGACGGAGCUGCCGCUGACGGAGAACGGGGAGAAGAGGAUUAAAGCGACGGGGAGGGCGUUGGUGGGGGAUGAUCGGUUGAUUGUUCCUAGGAAGUUGGCGCAUAUCUUCGUCUCCCCCCGCCACCGCGCCCAAAAAACCCUCGAACUCCUCAACCUAGGCUGUUCCUCCAAAUACCCCUGGUCCGACCACUCCACGGCCCCAGACGACAUCCGCACGCACGCCUCGAUCCAAAUCACAGACGACAUCCGCGAAUGGGACUACGGCGCCUACGAGGGCAUCACGUCGCCUGAGAUCCAGCGCCAGCGCAAAGCCGAGGGCUUACCACCAUGGGAUAUCUGGCGGGAUGGCUGUCCUGAGGGGGAGAGUCCCGAGGACGUAACGGCGCGGUUGGAUCGGCUUAUUGAGACGAUUAGGAGGGAGUAUCAUGGGCCGUGUCUUGCGGGGAAGGGGGAGAAGGAUAAGGGGGAUGUGCUGGUUGUGGCACAUGGACAUAUAUUGAGGGCUUUUGCGAUGAGGUGGGUAGGCAAGACGUUGCGGGAUGGACCGACGUUUCUUUUGGAGGCCGGGGGUGUUGGGACGUUGAGCUAUGAGCAUAAGAAUGUGGAGGAGCCGGCUAUUUUGCUGGGAGGCGCGUUUAUGGUUGAUGUGGUUGAGAAUGCGGAGAGGGAUCAGGAGAAGGAGAAAGAGAAGGAGGGGAAAUAG